AUGGAGUCGCUAAAGCUCUAUAACUCGCUCAAGCCUGGCGCUCCUGUGCCUUUUGUUCCCAUUGAGAAGGGCAAAGUUACCUGGUAUGCUUGCGGUCCUACUGUGUACGACAAGAGCCAUUUGGGCCAUGCUCGCAACUAUGUCUCUACAGACAUCAUUCGUCGCAUUCUGAUGCAUUACUUUGGCUUUGAUGUCAAAUUUGUCAUGAAUAUUACCGACAUCGAUGAUAAGAUUAUCAUCAAGGCACGACGACAACGAUUGCUCGAGCUCGAGAAGAACAAGAACUACACAAAGGACGAACUUCAAGAUCUGGCCCUGGCCGCUUUCCGGGCAUAUGCUAAGAGCAGCCUGCCUCUGCUGCUAAAGGACGGAGAGGACAUCGAUGCGACCAACUACGCUCAGCGCAGAGAGGCGGGAUAUGGACACGUGCUUGCGGGAGGCACCAUUUCUGGUGAGGGAAAGCCUGGCGACGAUGAGGCCAAGGUCAAAAUGCACCUCAGCAACAUGACUGCUGCCGCUGAAGCUAUGGCUUCUGGCGAGAUCUUCCCCGGCACCGACGAGAUCCUAUUGCCCUUUCUCGAUUCGCUUUACAGGGAAACCAUUGACACGAGGGACCAGACCAUGUUCACAGAUCUGACUCAGAGCAUGGAGAAGCUAUUUAUGGACGACAUGGAUGCCCUCAACGUACUGCGACCUGACGUUAUCACUCGAGUUACCGAAUACGUGCCCCAAAUUGCCGAUUUCGUCAAAAGAAUUGUCGACAAAGGAUUCGCAUACGAAUCCGAGGGAUCUGUCUACUUUGAUAUCUCCGCGUUUGAGCAGGCCGGAAAUACUUAUGCGCGACUGCGUCCUGACAACAGAAAUGACAAGUCUCUCCAGGAAGAAGGCGAGGGUUCCCUCUCAAAAAACCUUGGUGGAAAGAAGAAUCCCGGCGACUUUGCUCUGUGGAAGAAGUCCAAGGCUGGCGAACCCUUCUGGCCUAGCCCUUGGGGAGAUGGACGUCCUGGAUGGCAUAUUGAAUGCUCGGUUAUGUGCAGUGAUGUUCUAGGAGCGACAAUUGACAUCCACUCUGGAGGUAUCGACCUGGCAUUCCCUCAUCAUGACAAUGAGUUGGCACAGAGCGAGGCUUACUUCUGCGAGCAUGGUAAGGGCGAGCACACAUGGGUCAACUACUUUAUCCACAUGGGUCACUUGUCUAUUUCUGGAUCCAAGAUGUCCAAGUCUCUCAAGAACUUCCAAACUAUUCAGGAUGCAUUGGCUACGAACUACUCUUCGAGAGGAAUGCGGAUUGUGUUUUUGAUGGGUCGAUGGAACGAUGGUGUUGAAAUUUCACCAGAUAUGCGAUUGCAAGCUGACAAUUGGGAGUCAACCAUCAGCAACUUCUUCAUCAACGUCAAGGCAUUGCUGGCGGAGGCUGGUAUUUCACAUGAUGUCAAGUCUCUGUCUCUCAGCGCAGAUGGCAAGGCCAGUGAGGGUCUCUUGGCCGAACUCGAGCAAGCCAAGAAGGACUUUGAGGCUGCUUUAGUCAACUCAAUCGACACACCAAAGGCCAUGUCUGUUAUCCUCAAGUUGGUCAACACUGCCAACGUGCACUUGAGAGACAACAAGGACGCUGAUCUUGUGGCUCUUGAGUCUAUUGCACGCUGGAUCACCAAGAUCGUGGGCAUCUUUGGUCUCGAUUCGAAUGCUUCGCCGCCAUAUGAAGGCCUUGGCUGGGCCACAGUCAUCGCCUCAGACGUUGAGCCAAAGACAGCCGUUCAGCCCUACGCUGAGGUCUUCACCAAGGUCAAGUCUGAUGUUUCUGGCUUGUCUCUAGAAAGCGCCGAGAUUUCUUCAUUGCUUGAGCAAGACCCUACUGCUGAGUUCGAGUCGAUCGCUUCUGGUGGCUCUCGCGACCCUGAGCAAUUGGCUUUGCCUUAUCUCCGUGCCAUUUCUAAGCUUCGAGAUGAGUUGCGUCGCAUUGUUUCUAACCAAACACCCGAAACGAAGAAGGCUAUUCUGUCUUUGACAGAUCGUAUUCGCGACGAGGACCUCACAAAUCUAGGCGUUUACUUGGACGACAGACCCGACGGCCAAGCCUCCCUGAUCAAGUUCAUCCCCGCCGCUGAACUGAUUGCUGCGCGUGAGGAGAAAGCUGCCCAAGCUGCUGAAAAGGCGCGAAAGAAGGAGGAGGCUCGUCUUGCACGUGAGAAGGCCGAUCAAGAAGCUCGUGAAAAGGCCAAGGUCCGACCCGAGGAUCUCUUCAAGGGUGAUGAGAGAUACAGUGCUUGGGAUGAGCAAGGACUGCCUACUAAGAUGAAGGAUGGCAGCGAUGUACCCAAGAGCCAAUUGAAGGGUCUAAAGAAGCAAUGGGACCGACAGAAGAAGGCUCACGAUGAUCUCAAGGCUAAGGGAUUGUUGUAG